AUAUAAUUUAUAUAAUGAUUACGAUAAUCAAGUACUACUUAGAUGGCUACAAGUUGAAUCUAUAAACGCUAUAUACUACAUGUACUUUUCGAAACAGAUUGCAUUUGUUUUGAAUAGGUUAUGUUUACGUACCAUCGAAGUCCUCUUGCAAUCUAGAGUGCAAGUAAAUAAUUAGUAAAAUUCUAUGAUUUUAUUCUGUUUAAAUGUAAUAAUUGCUAUGUUUUAUGUCAAUAUAUUAAGAACGUUCUAUAGUGAUUACUUAAAUAUUAAUUUAAAUGAAUUGAUUUCAUUUAUUUAAAGGAUUGUGCAAAGAAACAUCAUGAGUAAUAAUUAUAUUAAUAAGGGAAUAAUCACUUAUAUUUAUUUAGAAAAUUUUGUAACUUAUGAUAAAGUUUGCAUAAAUCCUGGUAGGAAUUUAAAUGUUAUUAUUGGCCCUAAUGGCACUGGUAAAUCAACAAUUGUUUGUGCAAUUGUGCUUGGAUUAGGAGGGAAACCUACUACCAUUGGUCGAGCUACUCAUAUUGCAGAUUAUAUAAAAAUAGGACAGGAAGAGGCAAAGAUUGAAAUUCACCUUAAAAAUGGAGACAAAAGUGAUAUUGUUAUUCGAAGAAUAUUUAACAGAAUUGGGAAAUCUUCAUGGUUUCUUAAUAAUAGACAAACAGGUAUUAAAGAAAUACAAGAACUAACCACAAGUAUGAACAUACAGGUGGAUAAUCUUUGUCAAUUUUUGCCACAAGAUAAAGUACAAGAUUUUUCAAAAAUGAAUGCGCAACAAUUAUUAGAAAAUACAGAAAAGUCAGUUUGUGACCCCAUCAUAUUAGAACAUCACAAAAAUUUGAUACAAUAUAGAGAAGACUAUGUAGAUUUAGAGAAACAGAUUGAAAGCAAGAAAAAAUUACUAGAAUCCAAAUCUCAGAUAUACAAUGGUUUAAAGGAAAGUGUUAGUAGUAUAAAGGAAAAGAAAUUAAUAAAGAAGAAAAUUAUUUCCUUAAAACAAAAGAAAGCAUGGAUACUAUAUGAACAAAGACGUAAAGAACUAGUUAAGUUAAAAGAAGAAAAAGAAGCUGCACAAGUUAAAGUGACAUCUUUAGAAGCAGAAAUAAAACCUAUUAAUGAUGCAAUAGAAAAAAUGAAAUCAAAAAUUCAAUUGCUUCAAAGUUCUGUUUCAGAUAAUAACAAUAAAGUCAAACUCAAGGCUGUGAAACUUAAAAAAAUGAUAGACAAUAUUCUAGACUGUGACAGUAAUAUUAGAGAUCGUGAAAAUACAUGCAAGCAGAGAAUUCAGAUGGAAGAAGCUCGAGAUCACGACAUCGAUGUUGCAGAACAACAAAAAAGCAAACUCGAUACAGAUUUAUUACUGAUGUUAAAAGAUAUUGGAUCUGAGGAAAUUUUAAUACAACAACGCCAAGAAAUAAUGUCCAAUAUAGAAAAGAAAAGAAACAUUAUUAAUAUGUUGACAAGUCAAUCUUCAGGAUUGAAACAAGAAGAAGAUCGAUUAAACCUUGAAAUUAAAAGUCAAGAAACGGAGCUACAACUUCUUAAUAUUGAAACAAAACGAUUACAAUUGUUAAAGGAGAGAAGCAUAGACACAUAUAAAGCAGUGCAUUGGUUAAGAGAAAAUCGUAACAAAUUUUCUAAUACAGUACACGAACCUAUAUUACUUAACAUAAACGUAAAAAAUGUUCCAUAUGCGAAAUAUUUAGAAAAUAUCAUUCCAUUUCGAGACUUGAUAGCAUUCGUCUGUGAAGAUAAACGAGAUAUGAAUAUGCUAUUGCACCACUUAAGGGACGAACAGCAUUUACAAGUAAAUGUUGUACAUUCUGAUCCUACGAGACAUGUUUCCAUGGAUCCAAUUGUUCCUUUGCAUCAUAUUAAACAAUUUGGCUUUACUCAUUAUUUAGUAUCGUUGAUCGAAGCUCCGAGUACAAUUAUGAAAUAUUUAGUGUCUAUGUACAAUUUAAAUAACAUACCCAUUGGAAAAAGCCAAGUUGAUGAUCACAUUGAUCAUAUACCUAACAAUAUACGUUGUUAUUUUAGUCAAAAUAACGUAUAUAUGGUAAAUAAAUCUAAGUACACGGGAGAAAAAUCUAUCGGAAUGCAACCAGUAUCGGGUACGGGAAUGUUAUCUAUUGUGUUAGAUAGAUCAAGGAUGUUGAACAUUGAAGAAAAAUUGAAAGCGUUACAAGAAAGGAGAAAUACGGUGAUCAACAAAGUUAAACAACUUGAUGAGCAAGCAUAUGAACAAAAUAAGGAAUUAGAUGAAAUCAGAGCUAGCAGAAACAAACAUCAGCAAAAUCUCCAACAAAUACAAGCCUUAAAAUCUAGAAUAUCUAUGGUACAGAAAAAGAUUUUAGAUUUGCAAAAUGAACGAACCAGUAUUGACAAAAUAAAGGAAUCUUCAACUAAGGAAAUAAAGAUAAUUGUAGAGAAGCAACUAAAAAUUUAUAAAGAAUACAACGCUGAACUGGAAGAAUCUUUUAAAUGCAUUACAGCCAAUGAAGAAAUCGAAUUAGCAUUAAAAUUACAUACUCGAUCUUUGAGAGUGAAAGAAUACGAUUCUCAGGACUUGAGAGAGAAACUUAAGAAUGCAGAAGACAAAGUGAAGCAACUUCACCAGAAUUUAGUGCCCGUGAAAAACGAAGUACAAAGAAUAUUGAAUCAAGCACUGGAAACUACAAAUGGUAUUAGUCCCAAAGACAGUGCGUUUGCACCUAUAAAUAAAAUAUUUAACAAAUUACCACCAACUAUAGAAGAAAUUAAUAAUGAAUUGAACAUUGCUCAAGCCAAAAUAUUUUGUAUGGGAAAUAAUGUAGACGGUGAAAAUGUAUUACAAGAAUAUGAGCAAGUAGAACAAGAUAUAAACCAUUUAAAAGAUUUUAUUCAAAGGAAAACACAAGAAUUACAAAGCAUUAUGCAAGAUAUAGAAUCAUUACGAGAAGAAUGGUUAACACCUUUAUUACAAACCAUUGAAAAAAUUAAUUCCAAUUUCAGUACGUAUUUCUCGGCAAUGGAUUGUGCCGGCGAAGUUAUAUUGGCAAAACCGGAAAACCAUAUGGAAUUUCAUCAAUAUGGCCUAAAAAUUAGAGUAAAAUUCAGAGAUACCGACCAGUUACAAGAGUUGACAAGAUAUCAUCAAAGUGGUGGAGAAAGAGCUGUAACUACUGCCAUUUAUAUGAUUGCGCUUCAAGAAUUAUCAAGGGUACCUUUUCGCUGUGUGGAUGAAAUUAAUCAGGGUAUGGACACUGUGAAUGAAAGAAGAGUAUUUAAUUUGCUUGUAAAAAUGACUGGAAGACCAAAUAGUUCUCAAUAUUUUUUACUCACACCAAAGCUACUGCCUGAUUUGCAAUAUUCAGAGACAGUGACGGUCCAUUGUGUGUUCAAUGGACCAUUCAUGAUUAAUUAUACAGAUUUUGAUACAGAAGAAUACUGUAAGUUUGUUGUUAAGGAACUGGAAAAGGAGCGUGAAGAUGAUGAUUAGCUAUUAGGAUGUCUCAUUGUAUCUAAAUGCUAUACAAUAGGAUAUAUAUAUAUAUCCUAUUAGAUAUGCUAUAUAGAUAUAAUUACAUAAAGUAUUAUGUUUAUAUAU